AUGCUCUCUCACUACACGGGCAUGAAUCCAGGCGAUACACCCGGCGUCUUACCUCCCCCUUAUUAUUGGUGGGAAGCUGGCGCCAUGUUCAAUUCUCUGAUUGAUUACUGGUAUUACACGGGCGACGACAGGUGGAACGACAUGAUCAUGGAGGCUGUGACCUUUCAAGCAGGCGACGAUGCGACGUUUAUGCCUGCCAACCAGACGCACGCCGAAGGCAAUGACGACCAGGCCUUCUGGGCCUUUGCAGCCAUGAGCGCCGCCGAGCGAAACUUUCCGAAUCCACCAGAAGGGCAGCCAGGGUGGUUAGCCAUGGUGCAAGCGGUGUUCAACACCCAGGUCGCACGAUGGAGCCCUGAGACGUGCGGGGGAGGUUUGAGGUGGCAAAUAUUUACCUUCAAUAACGGAUACCAUUACAAAAACACCAUUGCCAACGGUUGCUUUUUCAAUUUGGCCGCACGCUUGGCAAGGUACACAGGGAACCACACAUACGCCGAUUGGGCCAUUCGAGCAUGGGACUGGACGGAGUCGGUGGGCUUCAUAACCGAUGAUUAUCUGUUCUUGGAUGGGGCAGACGAACUCAAGAAUUGUUCCGAGUUCAACUACCUUCAGUGGACGUACAAUUCCGGGGUGUAUCUAUUUGGUGCCGCGAGCAUGUAUAACCUGACGGAUGGCGAUCCUAUCUGGAAGGAACGAACGCAACGCAUCCUUGACGCCACGAAAGUAUACUUUCAUAAUGAUGUCUUGUACGAACGAGCCUGUGAGCCCAUCAACACUUGCCAAGUUGAUCAGCGGUCGUUCAAGGGGUACCUGGCCCGGUGGAUGGCAGCAUCCGCUCAAGUCGCUCCGUUCAUCUUUGACCAAGUGAUGCCCAAGCUACGCACUUCAGCAAGUGCGGCAGCGCGGACAUGCACCGGGGGCUCCGAUCACUCGACCUGCGGUAUGAAAUGGACUUCAGGCCAAUGGGAUGAGAGUGAUGAUGUGGGCGUCCAGAUGUCUUCACUGGAGGUCAUACAAGCGACCCUCGUUGGGGGUGUAGAUCCUCCGCUAACAGCAGACAACGGGGGUACCAGCAAGGGAGACCCUAGUGGUGGAAUCAAGCCAGCAAAUGCGCAACCGCAUACCCGUCGAAUGACUACCAGCACGGCUAAUCGGGCGGGGGCAGGCAUUCUGACGAUACUAAUGUCGCUGUUGAUCUUCUAUACGGCAGGUGUGGUCGUCAAUGAAGGUCCGAAUUUCGAGGUCAGAGUCGAGAUGGUGCCGGUCCCGGAGCCAGGACCCGAUGACAUACUAAUCCGCCUAAAUAUCACCGGUAUCUGCUCCUCAGACCUCCAUAUGAUGCAAGGCGACCUAGGAACCCCGCCGAUGUCAACUUUUGGCGUUCGCUCUCCGGGUCACGAGGGUGCUGGGAUCGUGGUGAAGGUUGGCGCAAAUGUGAAGAACUUCAAGCUAGGUGAUCGGGCAGGCGUCAAACCACUGCUCGAUACGUGCGGUGCGUGUGAAUUGUGCUGGGGAGAUAAGGAGACAUAUUGCCGAACCGCUAUCCACGCUGGCUUGAUGGCACCUGGGACCUAUCAACAAUAUAUUGUUUCUCCCGCCCGAUACGCAUCGCCCAUCCCUGAUGGGGUUCCUGAUGAGAUUGCAGCCCCUAUUAUGUGCAGCGCAUCCACCAUCUAUCGCUCUCUGACAGAAUCCGGGCUGAAGCCGGGACACUGGGCUGUAUUUCCUGGCGGCGGCGGUGGGGUUGGUAUUCAGGGCGUGCAGCUCGCUAAGGCGAUGGGUAUGCGUCCAGUUGUCGUAGACGCAGGGGAAUCAAAGCGAGCAUUGGCUUUGGAGAUGGGCGCAGAAGUCUUCGUCGAUUUCAUGGAAACGUCCGAUCCUGCCGCAGCUGUGAUUAAAGCAACAGAUGGUGUAGGGGCGCACGGAGUAUUCGUCACAGCUCCUGCGGCCUACCGAACAGCGUUAUCAUAUGUCGGCAAUCGCAUUGGAGCGGUGGUCAUGUGUAUCGGACUGGGUCCAACUGGUGCGAUGAAUAUCGGGGGAGAUCCCAAUGCCUUCAUCUUCAAGAAUCUAACAAUCAAAGGGACCUUGGUGGGCAGUCGACAGGAUACGGUGGCAGCGUUGGACUUUGCUCGGCGGGGGAAGCUUCAACAAAUUUGCGAAGUCUAUCCAAUUGACCGGCUACCUGAAGCAGUAGAGAAGCUGCGAAAGGGACAGGCCACAGGACGAAUGGCGGUUGACUUCAACAAAUAA